GAGACAGCCCCACCCACUGGGCUCCGGGAGGGAGAGACACUGAGAUUAGACAGAAGCGGAGUCCCACGCCCGGGAACCACGCCUGGAGGAGCCUGGACCAUGGGCAACGCGCAGGAGCGGCCAUCGGAGAUGAUUGAUCGCGAGCGGAAACGGUUGGUGGAGACGCUGCAAGCCGACUCCGGGCUGCUGCUGGACUCGCUGCUGGCACAGGGCGUGCUCACCCAGGCGGAGUACGAGGCGCUGGACGCGCUGCCCGACGCCGAGCGCAGGGUGCGCCGCCUGCUGCUGGUGGUGCAGGGCAAGGGCGAGGCCGCCUGCAGCGAGCUGCUGCGCUGUGCCCAGCGUACCGCGCGCGCGCCGGACCCGGCUUGGGACUGGCAGCACGUGGGCCCUGGCUACCGGGACCGCAGCUACGACCCUCCAUGUCCUGGCCACUGGACGCCCGAGACUCCCGGCUCGGGAACUGCUUGGCCCGGACUGCCCAGGGCUUCUGAAGGGGAUGAUGCUGGGGGCCCUGAGAGCUCUGAGGCGGUGCAGUCUGGGAUCCCCGAGGAGCCCGAGCCGGAAGCCUCUGACAGGAUUCAGCCAGGGCCAGAACCCCAAAUGGAUCCAGAACCUGCACUGGAGGUAGAGCCUGAACCGGAGCUGGAGCCGGAGCCGGAGCCCGAGCCGGAGCCGGAGCCGGAGCCUGCGCCCGAGCCGGAGCCGGAGCCGGAGCCUGCGCCCGAGCCGGAGCCCGACUGCAACUGUUCCUGCGCCUGGGACGACGCAGCAGAGGCGGGGUCAGAAGAUUUCUGAAGACCAAAGCACCUACCAGCGGCUUCCUGCCCAAACCAGGAGGGACUCGGGGUCACUGCCACCAAGCCUCCAAGUGACCCAGCGCCUAAGGAAGUGAACAAACGCCUGAGGGGGCGGCCUGGCCUCGCUCCAUGAUUCCUGGUCUUUGUUCCGGAACUGGUGGUAGCUGGGUGCGUGCCCCUGAGUACCAAAGACCUGUAAGCUCUAUGUCCCUCCAUGCCCAAGGCUCAGCCCCAUGCCCACCCUCAGUAGCCCAGGCACUGACUCCCCUGCAUGACAGCCCUGGGCUUAAAUCAGAGAGCUAGCAAAGGGGGCUUCUCUCUCAGAGCUCAGAAAGCCUUGGGUGAGAGAUUAGCGGGAGGGACAACAUGGAUCCUUCGGUAGGUAGACUGAGCCCACAGACUUGCCAUCGCUGUUGUAGGGCCUGGCUGCCCCUGCACUGGGAGUUCAGUGAGGACACUGACCAGUCAUUGGCAAACAAGGGGCUGUUCUGGGCGUCCGCGUUCUUGACUGAAUGAAUAAGGACGUUCCGGCUGUG